AUGUCUGCGCGCUCGCCGGGUCGUGGAGCUGUUCGGCCUCUCGGAUGCACCCCCGUCUCCGAUCUCAGCCGCCCACCCAGCCUCAGGCCAGCCGCGACCCGCCGCCGCUGCCUGCCCGUCUCGCCCGCCUCGCUGCGCGAUGCCCGCUGCCCGGCCCAGCCCACAUUCGCCCAGUUUUACAGGCUAUCCUUUCUCCCGCCACAGCCCCGGCGGCGCCACAGCGACGGCGGCCAAUCCCCUGGCAGAGCAGCGUCGAGCGACAUGAGAAACAGCGUACGGGAGCCGCGGCGGCUGAUACGAUCUGUCGAGAGGCAUCUUUCUCGCAGCAGCGGGCCGAGGACGCGAAGUUGCCGCUUGGACGGAUUCCCACUGCAGAUCACGUGCGCCGAACCCGCCGACUCGGCCUCCAUUCGCGGGUACCGUACUUACGUACACAACAGUGUCGGUGGCGUUGGGCCAGGUGCCAUACGGGCGCGCCUCUCCAGAGCAAUGCCCCAUGGGCUGGCCAAGGGCUGGCCAUGUGUCUCGCGCCGACGCAUUACGCCGCGGUUUGUCAUCUGCGUGCAUUGGGCGCGCGCUCGCCACGACCAUGCGUAUGUCCGACGCGAUGACGAUAGCACAUACGAAAAAGAGUCAGCCAGGCACCGCUCUGAUCAGCGAUCCUCCCCUCGAUCCUUCGCCGAAUCGUCCCUCUGCCGUCACCGUGACGCCGAGCGCGGCUUGGGCGACAUUGUCGAGCUGACGUCCGGCGCCGACGCCGGAUCUCGAGCUCCGUGUGGGGACGGGCGCAGUGCUGGGACGCACCGCUUCCCUCCGUCCGAUCGCCACUACGCGAAGCGCACCCCGCUGCUAUUCUGGCCCCCGCGGUUCGCGUUGCGGGGCGAGCGGGGGCCCCAUGGGCGACAUUCCCAGCGCGCAGUAUCCCCGCGGGCGCUGAGUUCGCAGGCGCACGCUCGCGGCUCCCUGGUGGCGCCAAAGGUGCACUCUGCUAUGGGAUCCGCCUCCCUGCCCAUGCGAAUUUUGCAGUCGGAUUGUUCUACUCGUCGGGCGGUCCGCGCCCGAGUCGGCCCCGGUAUGAGCGCCUGCGACGCCCUUGCUUUCCUUCUCGCUCGCAUCGGUACCAGGCCCGUCAUUCGGCGGCAUCAGUACUUCUCACGUCCGUCAAUACGCAUGCGCAUGGGCGAGCAGGCUAUAGCCCGCACUCGUCACCUCCACGCACACCCCGCAGAACAUUGCAGCCUGAGCUGCACACGCGUCGUGCGAGCGCAAGCACCGGCAGCAAUCUCGCUGCAACCGAGUCCUACGACGAUCAGGCUUGAGAGGGAGUCGAGCCGGGAGAGCGCUGCGUCCCGUCUGCCCCAGUGUCGGAAUCGAGGAUCCCCUGUGUGGAUCCGGGGGACAGGCGGGCGGAUCGCCCCCGCACAGACGAGGCGUGCAUACUUAGCGUUAACGGUAAGUAGGCCAGCGAUGAUCCGCAGUUUGACGAGAGGCUCGUGCGGCCGCGAGCGGGGGCAGCGGGAGGACCGGGGACCGGGGAGGUGCGCGCUGCGUGAUGCGGGGCUAGCGGGCGGGGAGGGUCACCCGCGCGACCCGGGGGUGCCGCCGGACCGCAAGAACGCUCCUUCGACCUUCGGUGGGACCCUGUGGCUGCCCGGUGCGAGGGCGUCGGUAGGUCUGUACGUCGGCCUGAUCGUCAUGGAGCCGGGAGGAAUCCAGGGAAGACGGUUAGAGAGGAUUGAUAUUGCCAGUGGGUCGACGACGAUCGUCCUCGGACUCGCGAGAACGCCCGAUAUUUGCUCGCGAUGUGUCCAACAUCACGAAGAUCGUCUGCGUGCUGCCACGCUCCGGGGCGUAGAACGGAGGGGGGCGGGGGUCGACGUCCUCCGCCUUCCAGUCCGUCCUUCUACUUCGCCCGCGACGCGGGGAUGCGGGGUAUCGCUGUCUACAUCAGCCGCACGUGUCCAGCUCCUCUGCUUCGAUCGAGUCUUACCCCACGGGGCCGCCCCGCCUAAACGCGCCCACCGAUGCCCGGUCCCCGUACCUGGGUCAGCUGAGCGUGUCACGCUGUCGCUGUCUGCGCGGCGUGAUCGAGGGGGCGAGGUUGAUUGGUCGAGUGCUGAGUAUCUAUACGGGAGAAACCCACAGGCGGGAGGGGCUAUUCCUUCGGUGGAAGGACGAGCUCGAGGGCCAAGUCAAUUGAACCAAGACCCGUAUACGUAUACCGAAAGGGGCAAGUAUCUCGCCAUGUAUGGAAGUCGGGCAAACGACGAUGCUGGCGAUGGGGCAGUCAUGUGUCCAGCUUCCGCUGUGCACACGGUGUCCGAAUUAGACCAGCCGUGCACCCCGCAUACCGGGCCCGGUGUUUCAGACGCGUUUGUUGCAUCGACCUGGGUUGUCUCUCACCUCGUUUCGCACUUCCGAACGCGAAAAUCUACGGUAGCUACCAAACUGCAGCUUGAUGCAGCUUUGGUGAUCGGAUGCGAUGUGCACCUCCGGUUGAAGACGGAGCCAUCGCAUCGGACCUCCCACACUUCUCAUUGA